AUGCAAAUGGAGCAUCCAGGGUGCAAACCGUGCUGGACAUGCCGAAAUCGACAUGUUCAAUGUGAUCUGUCCCCAACUCCAUGUACGAAAUGUCAGAAGGCUGGCCUCGAAUGUUUCGAAAAGCUACCGUUGCGGUGGGUCAAGGGAGUGGCUCUUCGCGGUAAGAUGCAAGGGCAUACAUACGAAAAUAAAUCAGAAAAUCGUGAUUUCACUAUGAAAAAGCCGAAACACAUUCGAUUCAAAUCACCUGUUGUAAAGAUCGGCACUUCUAGGCACAAUGCCCAUCACUUUCAGGCUUGGAUGAAGCAUCUCGAUAUUAUUUGGAUUACUGCAAGUUUUCGCGAAUCUCGGAAGAAGUGUCAAAUGCUGACCGCACGUCCAGAUAACAAGCGCAUAUGCAGCAAUUUUGUUGUUUAUGACAGCAGCAAAAACCCACUCAGAAAUUUGAUUCCAAUCGCGCUAGAAGAUUCGAUCUUAAGGAACGCCGUACUUGCUCUUGCAGCGCGUCACCUUGUCAACCAAGGGAAAUCAUUCCAUAGGGUUCAAGUUCCGGUCUCUUCUGAGGCAGCCAAGUUUAACCAUGAUGCACUUUUCUUCAAACAUCGGGUAAUAGAGGGACUUUCAAAUACCCUUUGCGAUUCGCAUUGCUCGGAGAAUAACGUGGCCAGUAUAUUCCUUCUCAUACUACUUGAUCUUCUCGAAUCGGGGGGUGAUGAAUGGCAGGUUCAUCUUAAGGGGGCCAAGGGCUUGAUUACAGGAAGCUUGCACCAGUCGCCAUUGGAAACAGCUACUGGGGUAUCUCAGAAGGAGCCUACUCAGAUGAUCCAAGGGAUACGGGAUUUUGUGAUUCAACAAAUCAUUAUGGUUGAAACUCUGGGCUCCCUAUUCUUACGCCCUAAGUCACCAUCCAGGGAUAUGAUAUUUGAUCAAAGGAGGAUGGCCCAAGAGUCCAUGGAUUACUCUUUCCUUGCAUGUCCACAGCUCCUACUGGAUGCCAUACGACGUAUAUCUUCAGCAAGAGACAGCAUUACGAGAUCUGAAAUAAUGUAUGAUACCGUCAUACAAGCUCACAGUCAAGCUAUCACCGUCGUACUCGAACAGGUCGAACAUUUUGAUUGUGCUAGUUGGGCUUCAGGUCUCCAACAACCGAGCAGCUCUCGACAAAAUACACACUUCCUUGCUAUUGUGGCUCAGGUGUAUAAAAUUGGUGCUUUGCUUUACGGCAGAAGAGUCAUUUCAAUUCUCGGAAAGGUCAACACGCCACAAGAUGAUUUACUGCUUGAAUUGCUUGGACUAUUGAAUGGACUAAGAAACAAUCAACCUUUAUUGAAGUGUGUUCUUUGGCCUAUCUUUGUUGCGGGUUUGGAGUGCCGGUCUUUGGCCCAAAGGGACUUUUUUAUUGCUCGUCUGGAGGACUUUUGGAUGACAACGAACUGCUUAAAUGUGAUAAAUGCAGCCAAAAUCUUGCACGAGUACUGGCAACAGGAUGACAGAGAGAAUCUAUGUUGGCCUUUUGAUGUUGGCCAUUUUGGUCAAUCCUGGCUUUUGAUAUAG